AUGGCAUUUCAGCUUCUUGCGUUUAUAUAUCAGUGUGUGACCCAAGAACUUGCGGCGCGUCCCGCGUCCACCGGGGUGCCCAUGCAUCAUUUUUCGGAAGUGCGCGUAGGCUCUGUGCGCGAGACGUGUCCGCACAAGAACGCUGCCCACUGUGCGGAGUUGGCAUAUGCUGAGGUGGCACAUUCUGGCUCAUUGGCCCUCUAUGCCACCAACAGCAGGACUGGCUUGGUCAUCGAGGUCGGGGACGGGGUUGCCCAAACAGUGCCACUGUACGAUAGCUACAUGAUCUUCAAUGCCGUGAAGCGCAGGGACUUUGGCGGAAGAGACCUUACAGCUUACUUGGGCGAACUCUUGCGCACAGAGGUUGGAUACAAGCCGGACAAUUCCAAGGGCGAUGUUGACUGGCGCGCUUUGACAGCGGUCAAGGAGUCCAUGUGCCGGGUGCGGCAGCGCGACACGACCAACCAUGAGGACACUAAUCCAGCAGCCUCAGGAACGUAUCAGCUGCCGGACGGAAAGGUCCUGCAUCGAGAGCAAGAUUGCCUUGCUCAGUGUGCAGAAGCCUUGUUUCAGCCGGCUCGUUUGCUGAAGCGUGACGAGGAAGAAGGAAUCCAGAAGAUGGCCACGGACAGCAUUUUGGCUUGCAGCCGGGACAUUCUGAAGGAUUUAGCUGGCAACAUUGUGCUGUCCGGUGGCUCGAUGCUGUUUCCUGGCAUGUGCCGCCGAGUGGAGCAGGAGCUACAGGCCCUGCUCCCGUCCACCAUCAAGGCGGCGGUGUCCCGCGUGGCCAGCCCUGCGUAUGCUGCAUUCACUGGAGGCUCGAUCGUUGCCUCCAUGCCAGACCUGCAAAAGACAUUUAUGACGAAAGCAGAGUAUGAAGAAUACGGUGCCGCUUUCAUUCACACAAGAAGUGUGAGUCUCACAAAGCCUCAGCUUUGA